AAAUCCGAGCACCAGGAAGUAGCUGGGACCUCUUGGCCGAGCUCAACGACAGCCAGUUCCUCUCCCACCGAGCCGGGCCGGGUGCCUCCCUGCUGACGCUCUGCAGCUAAAUAGCCUGCUGCAGGCCGGGCACUGUCCCCCGCGCAGUGUACCCGCAAGCGCCGGCCACGCGUCCUGCUACCCGGGCCGGCAGCUGCUUCUCAGGCGGGCCCCGCAGGGCCGUCCCGUCCGGUGCACCGCUUUGAACUGAAGUCACCGUGGAGUUCCGCCGCCCCGAAACUUUCACCGCGAGCGAGAAAUAUGGGAUGUAUAAAAUCUAAAAGGAAAGACAAUCUGCAUGACGAUGGAGUAGAUUUGAAGACUCAACCAGUACGUAACACUGACCGAACUAUUUAUGUGAGAGAUCCAACGUCCAAUAAACAGCAAAGGCCAGUUCCAGAAUCUCAACUUUUACCAGGACAGAGGUUUCAAACAAAAGAUCCAGAAGAGCAAGGGGACAUUGUGGUAGCCUUGUACCCUUAUGAUGGCAUCCACCCAGAUGACUUGUCCUUCAAGAAAGGAGAAAAGAUGAAAGUCCUGGAAGAGCAUGGGGAAUGGUGGAAAGCUAAGUCCCUUUCAACAAAGAGAGAAGGCUUCAUCCCCAGCAACUACGUGGCCAAGGUCAACACCUUAGAGACAGAAGAGUGGUUCUUCAAGGACAUAACCAGGAAGGAUGCAGAACGGCAGCUUCUGGCGCCAGGGAACAGUGCAGGAGCUUUUCUUAUCAGAGAAAGCGAGACUUUAAAAGGAAGCUUCUCUCUGUCUGUCAGAGAUUAUGACCCUGUGCAUGGUGAUGUUAUUAAACACUACAAAAUUAGAAGUCUGGACAAUGGUGGUUAUUACAUCUCUCCACGGAUCACUUUUCCCUGUAUAAGUGACAUGAUUAAGCAUUACCAAACGCAGUCUGAUGGUCUAUGCAGGAGAUUGGAAAAGGCAUGCAUUAGUCCCAAACCACAGAAGCCGUGGGAUAAAGAUGCCUGGGAGAUCCCCCGGGAGUCCAUUAAGUUGGUGAAAAAGCUCGGCGCAGGACAGUUUGGAGAAGUCUGGAUGGGUUACUAUAACAACAGCACAAAGGUGGCCGUAAAGACCCUCAAGCCAGGCACCAUGUCUGUGCAGGCAUUCCUGGAGGAGGCCAACCUCAUGAAGACCUUGCAGCAUGACAAGCUGGUGCGGCUCUAUGCUGUGGUCACCAAGGAGGAGCCCAUCUACAUCAUCACUGAGUUCAUGGCCAAGGGCAGCUUGCUGGAUUUCCUCAAGAGUGAUGAAGGUGGCAAGGUGCUGCUCCCAAAGCUCAUUGACUUCUCAGCUCAGAUUGCUGAGGGCAUGGCAUACAUCGAGCGGAAGAACUACAUUCAUCGCGACCUUCGAGCAGCUAACGUCCUGGUCUCUGAUUCACUCAUGUGCAAAAUUGCAGAUUUUGGCCUUGCAAGAGUAAUCGAAGACAAUGAGUACACAGCGAGGGAAGGUGCUAAGUUCCCCAUCAAGUGGACGGCUCCAGAGGCCAUCAACUUUGGCUGCUUCACUAUCAAGUCUGACGUGUGGUCUUUUGGAAUUCUCCUGUAUGAAAUCGUCACCUAUGGGAAAAUUCCCUACCCAGGGAGAACCAACGCCGACGUGAUGAGUGCACUUUCGCAGGGCUACCGGAUGCCACGCAUGGAAAACUGCCCAGAUGAGCUCUAUGACAUCAUGAAAAUGUGUUGGAAGGAAAAAGCAGAGGAGAGGCCAACGUUUGACUACUUACAGAGCGUCCUGGAUGAUUUCUAUACCGCCACGGAAGGGCAGUAUCAGCAGCAGCCAUAGCGGGCACAAAGAAAAAGCAGCCUUGGGGCGCAGCUCAUCAUCUCACGCCAGGAUCCUCCGUGUUCCUGGUUCCUGACAGACAGGCCGAAUUAACUCAGGAAGAACACCCUAGACUUGGGAUGCUGUUUCUUAAAUGGGUGGCCACUGCUCAGUGGGACCAGAGUCAAAAUACAAUACUCUCUCCAAUAUGCACCACACUGGCUCUACAUGGGCCGAGUGACUCAGCUUCAGAGACUGUUGCAACAAAUUCCUAGAUGCAGCAAGAACUAAACUCACUUAGCAAAAAUAACCCCAUGCACAAGAAGAUAUUCCCUGACCUUCUGGAUGCUUCUGCUUACUUUUUUAAAAACUACUAAUCCAGCCUGUUAGGUUUUACACGUGAAGCCACUAGCUUUAAAAUGUCUUUUCUAAACUUGAAUGUUUUUGCUUUGGAGAUUUAAUUCCUCCCCACCUCCAUCCCCAGCACCCCCUCACCCCCACCCCCACCCCACCCCCACUCCAGUCUGAGACUGUUAAACACAUGCCUUUGUGGUGAGAUGACUGGACAGGAGGUAGGGCGCGCUAGCCCUGCAGGAAGGAGCAUGGUGUGUGAGCACGCAGAUCGACCACUGCUGAAUGGAGCCUUUUGGAGCCACACCACCUCCCAGACCUCCCAGGGAAGGCACGAGAGCCUUGGGUUCUGCCCUAUGGAGGAAUGUUUUUAACGGUGUGGGUAUUUCAGUCACAGGAUUCUCUAAAGGCUUUUUUGACAGGGUCCUUUGGGAGAACUGUAAAUCUAAUCUGUCUGGACUUUACAAGGCCUUCAAAAAUGUAAAGCAUUUCUUUCAUUGCCUCAGACGACUUGAACAUUUUAUGAAUCAUAUGUUUUACCUGCACUCUAAGAAGUUAAAAAUGCCAUGUUUGGGGCUAUUUUUGUGAUCCUGCAAUCUUUUCUAAAUUGCGUAAGAUGUGUGAGAGACUAUUGACAGCUCCAGGUAGGAUGGAGGUGACCAUGGAGAAGCCUCCAGCAGACCUGAGCAGCUUUGUCACCUGGAUUUUCUGCUGUCAACUCCGAGUGUGCCACUGUGUCUGCGCCUUUCACUUAUGCGAUUGUGUACAUACUUAGUAAUUCUAUUUUUGAUUUUAUUUUAAUACACCCAAUAACGUCUCGA